AUGCCAACUCAAGCACAAACCUCUUCACCGCCAUGCCCCCCCUUCCACAAAAACGAUCAGCUCAACGGUGAUCUCAAUGCAUCGCUCGAUUAUCUGCCAGUUCAUCCCCGAAUCAAAAUGAGCGAUGGUAAGAAAUUAUUUGAUUUCAUUCGCCAGCAAGUCUGGUCAGAGGACCUCGAGUCGAUAUCGGGCAGACUCUGGUGGAUGUCGAAGCAGGAUGGCAGCAACAUCUCUCCGUUGCACCGACAGCGAGUGAAAGGCCAACAAAUCAUCGUCACCGAAGAUCCUCGGCUACUUCUCAUCUGGAUCGACGACCGAAUCUUCCUUUAA